CCCCCUCUUGUUGAUAGCACCAUCGUUUACCGUGCGACGCUCCCCUCGUGAUUCUAUCGAACGGCGUCACUGCCUACCUGGGUUGCCAGUAUGGGAAUCAGUUUCGACUCCAUCUGCCACAAGGCGCCCCUGCCAGCAUGUUCCAUGCUCGGCCACUCGUCGGUGUCAGGGUCAACUGGCAUCCUGCCCAACUGCUACGCGCGGAAUAUUGAGUUGGCCAAUACAAUCAUCUUCGAGGGCGCUUCGUCAUUCCUGCAUAUCAUCGCGCUGGGAAUGACGGUUGUUAUGAUCCUCCAUGUUCGGUCUAAAUUCACCGCUGUUGGUCGCAAGGAAAUCACGACGUUUUUCUAUAUCUUCAUGGCCUUGACAUUCUUUUCGCUUAUUCUCGACGCGGGCGUAGUCCCCCCUGGCACCAGCCCGUUUCCCUACUUCGCCGCCGUUCAGAAUGGUCUGACUUCUGCGCUGUGCACUUGUCUGCUAAUCAACGGAUUUGUGGGCUUCCAGCUCUAUGAGGAUGGCACUGUGCUCUCCGUCUGGCUGCUACGAUCUAGUUCUUUCCUCAUGUUUGCCAUCAGCUUCAUCAUCUCGCUCCUGACCUUUAAGGGAUGGGGAGGUCUCGGUCCGACGAACACCAUCGGGCUUUUCGUCAUCCUCUACAUCGUAAACGCGGUCUGCCUUGCAAUCUAUGUAGUCAUGCAGGUGAUCCUCGUGGUCAACACUCUGGAUGAUCGUUGGCCAUUGGGAAACAUUGCUUCCGGCACCCUCAUCUUCAUCGCCGGACAGGUCAUCCUCUAUGCGUUCGGUAAUGACAUCUGCAACAGUGUCCAGCAUUAUCUGGACGGGCUUUUCUUCGCCUCUCUAUGCAAUCUCUUGGCCGUUAUGAUGGUCUAUAAGUUCUGGGAUUCAAUUACGAAAGAGGACCUUGAAUUCUCUGUCGGCGUCAAACCCAAUACAUGGGAAGUGAAGGAUCUCCUUCCCGAAGAGGAUCGCCGGACAACCGUUUACCACGACACUAAUUCCGAGUACGCUGGCAGUGUCUACCAUCGGGCAUCUACCUACGGCGGCCACAACUACUAACCUGCACCCGGCGUGCUUUAAUAACUCCCUUCAUCAAUUUUUGUAUAUGAUCAUAUGAUGUCAUGUACCCUUGAUUCGAGCAUUUUCAUAUUCUAAUGCACAGCUCCUUCUCAUGUUUCUGAUCUGGGCUAUAUAUUCUUCUUCCCUUCCCUUGCAUGCAUAUGCGCCUCUUGUGCCUAUUAUUUGAUAUUCGUUGCUGAAAAAAAAGGGAGUCCCCGAGGCGUUCGAAAGCAUGGAAAUUUUGUUUUCUAUAUACUAUCAUCAUAAUAAUGGAUAUAAUCGGUCUUUAAUGGUUAGCACAGGAAUUCUCUUAUAGAGUCAUCCAAUACAGUAUU